AUGGCCAAGCUUGCUGAUAACCUCACUGAGGAGGAGCGGGAGGAGCUAGAAAAGCAAGAAUUUGAAACCGGUCCACUUUCCGUACUAACAAAUGCUGUCAAGACGAAUACCCAGGUUCUUAUUAACUGUCGAAACAACAAAAAGCUCCUUGGACGCGUUAAGGCUUUUGAUCGCCACCUUAACAUGGUUCUUGAGAAUGUUAAAGAAAUGUGGACCGAACAUCCUAGGCCUGGCAAAGGAGUAAAGAAAUCCAAACCUGUGAACAAGGAUCGUUUUAUCAGCCGGAUGUUUCUUCGUGGUGACUCGGUUAUCAUUGUCCUCAGGAACCCCAUGACUACUGCUUCUAGGCUGAACUGA